GUGAAAGCUCGCGAGAACACCUCUGGACUGCUGGAUCCUCGUGUGAAAUAUAUUUGCUUUAAUUUUAUUGUCUGUAACGAUAUCCAGGCUGUAAUUAAAGUGUGAGCCUAAUCUGAACAGUGUCUGUUUUCAGCGCAGGGAGUAAAGGAGCAGCGAGGUGUUGUGUGAGAUGGUGCAGCUGCACGUGAAGCGAGGAGAUGAGAGCCAGUUUCUUUUUAACACCACAACAGAAGAACCUCUGGAGACUCUGAUCCAGCAGAUCUCAGCCAUUUACAACGGCAGGCUCAAAGUGGACAGAAUAUGUUCAGAAAUCCAAGAGCUGGCAGAUCAUGGUGUCACACUGCCACCCAACAUGCAGGGACUGACAGAGGACCAGAUUGUGGAUCUGAAACUGAAAGAUGAAUGGGAGGACAAGUGUGUACCCAACGGAGGGAGCGUAUUCAAAAAAGAUGAGAUAGGCAGGAGAAAUGGACAUGCUCCAAACGACAAAAUGAAAGAGGUGUUGAGGAAAACAGUGGAGGAGGUGAUGGCCCUGAUCUCCAAAAAACAAGUUCAAGCGAAUGUUUGUGUCACCAUGGAGAUGGUGAAGGAAGCUCUGGAUCAGCUCAGGGGCGCGGUCAUGAUCGUCUAUCCUAUGGGGCUGCCGCCUCAUGACCCAAUCAGGCUGGAGUUUGAGAACCAUGAAGAUCUUUCAGGAACACAGGCAUGUCUGCAGGUGUUGGCAGAAGAAGAGUGCCAGCUUUGGUGGGCUGCCAAAGAGCUGCAGAGAGGCAAGAAACUGCAGGACUACAUUGGCAACAACGAGAAGACAAAGCUUGUAGUCAAAAUCCAAAAGAAAGGCCAGGGGGCACCAGGGAGAGAGCCUCUGAUCACUGAGGAGCAGCACAAACAGAUGAUGAUGCAUUACUACAGGAGGCAGGAGGAACUGAAGAAACUGGAGGAAGCUGAUGAUGACAGCUACCUGGACUCGGAGUGGUCAGACAGACAAGCCCUUAAAAGACAUUUUCAAGGACUCACCAAUAUCAAAUGGGGUCCAAGAUAAAGUACUAGCAAGGACUGAAACUACUCUGAUACCUUUGAACAGCUGUUCUGUCCUGAUCCUCCUGAAACCCCUUUCAAAGAAAAUAUGUACAACAGAUGAAUUUUUAUUAAUGAAAAACUCAAAUCGAGCUUUGGAUACACUGCGGUGGAAGUUACAGUGGAAGUGACAAUGAGACCAUUAAAGUGUCAUUCAUUGUAUAUCUUGUAAGUAAGCAGAUUUAAAAAUAAUGUUAGAAUGGACAAAAGUU